GAGAGCGAAAGGAAAAAAAUAGGUCAGCAAGGUCUGACCAUUCGAGGGCUGCCUCCUUUUUUCUCAUACAACCCCCACCGCUCUCUCUAUCUGCCGAUCUCUCAUCCUGAGAGAGGACCGCCACGCCAGAUCUAACACCUCCUCCGACUCGCCCCGUCUCACCAUGUCGUCCUUUUUCGAACCUGAUACUUCGCUCCUCUUCGACCCUUCCUCUCAAAUGGACGAAGUCCCUUCCUCUUUCCUCUCCUUCUCCUCCUUUGCUGCUCUGGCAAACAUUGCCUCCUCACCUUGGAGCUCUUCGUCACCUGAAAGUGAUACGCACCAAAACACCAGCAGCAAAUACAAUCGACGAUCAAGCGGGUACUUUUUACCGUCAGGGUCAGACGCUUCCACACCUCCGUCCUUGUCAGACGAAGGGGACUUGUUCUACACCCUCGAAGGCGCUUGUGACCCUUUGACGCCUGAUUCACCGUCUUACGGAUUAUUCCACUCACCUUGUCCGCCUCAGAGCUCCAAGCUUCGAACGACGAGUCUUCAGGCAUCUGCGACUGAUAUCUGGAACACUCCUCGGACGUCUACCCCGACACUUUUGUCAAAAGCUUCCAUCGAGUCUGUCGCAGAGGCAUCCUCUUCAUCACCUUCCUCUUCUCACACAGCUUCGAGCUCUCGAAACGUCCACGCUUCCCCUCUUCGAACAGCUUCCAACCCUGUUCUCGGCUCGACUUAUCGUCCGAAAAAGAUCAAGCAGAUCGCUUCGAUGCCAGCUUUGAACGAGGAGGACUCGCUUCCAGCCAACAUUUUCGACAACUUGGACAUUGACAGCGUGCUUGGAUUGCCACUUUUUGGAAACAGCCAAAAGCCUGUCGAAUUCCAAGAGGCGCUUCAGGACGACGCGCUAGUCGAAGAUUUCGGAUGGGUAUUCAGCGACUAUGGACUCGGCGCCAGCAGCAGCGGAAGUGGCAGCACCAUCGUGCCCACUGACAGCACCAUCUUCGCCGCUUUUCAUGAGCAGCCAUCGACCUCUUCCUGUUCGGUGCCAAUGUCAACGAAUUCAUUAUUUGAAUCAACGCAGGACGUUGAUCCAGCCAUGAUGGCGUUUUCAGAGUCGAACCAGAUUUUCACCAUUGACCCUAUGGAGUUUAUGGGAUCCAUAGCUGGAGGCAACGGGUUGAAUGUCAGCUCAGAGCUUGGAGGAAUACCGGCCUCGCUGGGAGAAGGAUCUGGAUCUUUGAUGAGCAUACCAAUGGGAGAAGUCAUGUCAAGGAGUUGUUCCUCUGACGAUGGCGCCUCUCAACGCAGUGCUCUCAGCCAGGAUCCCUUCUCAUAUGUAUCUCAGCAGGUCCAACCUUCCUUCUACUCCACUGUCAACGCCCUUUCGUACAACUUGCCACAACAACAAGUUGUCAUGCCGCCGUCACCCACCCAACCCCUGCGCACACUGAAAGCUUCACGACCGGGUCUCUCUGUCCAGAUCCAACCGACUGGACAUUCGACCUAUCGUAUCGCCUCAACUCACACUACUCUUCCACCCACUCCCACUUCUGCGACAUUUGAAAACAUGUCAUCCCAGCAGCCAUUGCCCAUCGCUCGGAAUAGUCGAAUCCCUAACAAUCGAUCGUCCGUCUCGAGCGGUUCAUCCAUGGACUCUGAGAUUCCCAUGCCACCCGUCGUUGCUCGAGCUGCCGCCAUUGUCGCCAUGCAAGAAGCCAAGCAACAAGCUCAACGUCAGGAAUACCGUCGUCAGGCCGCUUCUCGACGCGUAGGUAUGGCCGAGGCUUCUGUUCUUCAACCCUACGCCAUGAAUGCUCGACAGGAGCAAAUCACUGGAUGGACGGGAGGAGCCGUUCCGCAGGUUCCAGCCAUGCAGUACAGUGUAACUCAACCCAUGGUCACUGUUCACCCACCUCCGAUGACUUACUCCCUCUUGCCAACGCAAUCUCAACCGGGACCCAGUCAUCCAUCUCAUCGUAUCCACCCUCCUCCUCACCCUGGUACCGCGUCUCGACCUAUCGCCCGUCUUCCCUCCACUCCUACUCGAGCCCGCAAGGUCUCUGCAUCCCCCUCAAAGCGAACUCCAUCUCGUAAACGAGCGAGUCCAGAGACAGCUGGAGGAUUCUCAUGGGGUGCUGCGACCUUCAUCAACUUUACGUCGGAUGAUGCUGAAAAGCUCUUGACGGGAGUUGCACCGAGCGGUAGUCAAGCCAAGCGAAAGAGGGAAGAAGAGGCUCGAGCGCAGGAAGAGUUGACGAUGGGCGAGAGGAAAAGGAGCAAGAGUGGCGAGCAGUAGUGUGCCGUGUCUUUCAAAUCUCGCGAGAUCGUCGUCGUCGACAUCGGAGAAAAAACUAACGCCGGCCCGCCUUUUUCUUGUCGUCUUACAUGCCUCGCUGUGAUUGUAGUAGAUUAGCCGUACCUUGUCUUGUCCUACUAU